GAGUGAGAGAGAGAGAGACAGAGAGAGAGGGAGUGAGUGAGUGAGAGAGAGGCACAGGCACAGAGAGGGAGGUUCAUUUCUCCGUCUACAUACAAUCUGCUGCACCACGAGAGAAAAGGGAGGGAGCACACGGCCUUUUUUUGUGUGUCGGUGGUCUGGCUAGUAGCUGUGUGUCUGUAGUGUUGUUGGUGUAAACCUCAGUUUUUGUAGAAAACUGGACAUUUACAUAGUUCGCCAUGUCCGAGAAGAUUGAAGGAACAAGGUCUGCAGUCGGGGAGGCAACCCACGAGGAACAGCAGGAGAUGGAUGACACGGUCCUCAGCCCGGAGAAGGCAGAGGAGGUGAAACUCAAGGCCAGGUUCCCUCAUCUUGGAGCCAAGCCUGGGGGCUCUGACCUGCUCCGGAAACGGAUUCAGAAAGGGCAAAAGUUCUUUGACUCUGGGGACUACAACAUGGCCAAGGCUAAGGUGAAGAACAAGCAGCAGCUCCCUGCAGUGACGCCGGCUGAGAAGGCAGAGAUAACAGGGGACCACAUCCCCACACUCCAGGACAUCCCCCAGAGGAAGCCCUCCAUCGUGGCCAGCAAACUGGCUGGCUGAGGGGCUGAUGGAAACAGGGAAGCUUUGUUCUGGUGUUACCAUUCCAUCGCUCUCUCUCUCUCUCUCUCUCCUCUCGCUCUCAUGCCGGUCCCAAUUCAAUCCCUACUUCCUUUACCUCUUGGCCCUAACCCUUCAAUGUUUGAUAUAUCUUGCUGUGGCUUCCACCACAGUACCUACACCUUACAGAUUUGCAAACAUUGAAUGGUUAGGGUCAGAGGGAACAGGCAGAGAGGUAAUUCAGAUCAGUGCAUUCUCUCUCUCUCUCUCUCCCUCCAUCUCUCUCCCUCUCUCUCUCCCUCCAUCUCUCUUCUUUCCUAGACAGCUGUCUUCUGCCCCCCAAUUAUUUUUCCUUACCAUCACCACCAUCUCUAUAUGAAUUCUGAAAAAUAAUAUUUUUGAGAAUCAAUCAGAAUGACUCGUGAGAAAUAUUGCUGCCAGAGGAUGACUGUCUUCGGAUACCGACUGAAAAAAUUGGUUUAAAAGGGACACAUUUUUUGCAAAGUCUACUACAAUGUGGCCUGUAUCUACUGUAGUGACUCAUGUAAACUGUACAUAGCCUAUCACCAUGAAUGGGAGAGGCCAGGUCAAUAUCUUAGACAUGUUUUACCUUCUAUGGCUUCCAUUGACAUUUUAAAUUGUGAGGUAAUAUUCUAGAACCAACCGAUGAGAAUUCUUGAUCACUCUUAGAAUCCUGUUCUGGUUCCAGAUCUAUUUCUGUUUGUCUGGACAGCUUCUUGACCUUACAGUCAUUGUGUAGACAACACAAACCGGUCUGGUACCAUCAGUCUUAAUGCCCUCCUCCACUGUCCAAAAGCUAUGUUGUUUGUUUUGAUGCAUUGAUUGAAAAUAGCCCGUAUCGCACAGUAGCUGUCAUGUAUAUUAUGAAUCUCAUCUAAACCUCUUAAAUGGCCUUUAACAGUUUAUGAGCCGCUGCUUGGGCAAUAUUUGCUCACUCACUCCAGUGAGAGAAUCUCUGCUUGUCUGAUAUGGAUCCCUAUAUAGUGCACUCCCUGUGAGGCUCUGGUCAAAUGUAGUGGACUAGGGGUUAGGAUGCCAUUUCUGAUGACAUAGCCUCUGUGAAUCUAGCCUAGGAAUGCCUGCCUGCCUCUAUAUCUGAGACUCAGGUCAUUUAGGUUUAGUAGUCGAGCAACUCGCUUUAAAUGAAGUGUCGGUGUGAACGGUGUGCAUGUGCAUCGACUGUGUGCCGUCACGUUGUGCCAUUUGUAAAUAAAAUAGUUUUGCACAAUAGCUUCGUUUUUGACCUUUUGUUCUCUUGGUUGAUGUUUUACUUGUUUUCUGCUUUCACAGUAGCUAUUAUAAUACAGCUGUAAUGUCCACGUUGACCAACACUGGUUCUGUAGCCUGGGUGCUGGUCUGUAGCCUGGGUGCUGGUCUGUAGCCUGGGUGCUGGUCUGUAGCCUGGGUGACGGUCUGUAGCCUGGGUGCUGGUCUGUAGCCUGGGUGACGGUCUGUAGCCUGGGUGCUGGUCUGUAGCCUGGGUGCUGGUCUGUAGCCUGGGUGCUGGUCUGUAGCCUGGGUGCUGGUCUGUUG